AUGUUAUCGAAUGAGGAUCUAGAAAGGCUAAUUAAGACUAAGCGGCGUGAGAUAGAACAGGAGAAAAUUCAGCUCGGUCUAUCAGAGCACAAUGAUGUUGAUCAAAAAACUUGUGUCGGGGAAGAAGAAAAAAAAGUAGAAUACAGGCAAAGGGCGCUCUCUGAAAGUAAUGCAUUACAGAAUACAAACAAAAAUGAAGAAAUACCUGCGGAUUUAGAACGAUAUAUAAGACGUUACAUAGGUCUGCCAAGUAUGUUGAAGGCGGGUGAGUUCUCCCCCAACAACCCUCUCAUCAGGGAGGAGUGGUCGGGGGGUGACGUGCUUCGGUCUCUGGGAGAGUACGAACGAAGGAGAAACACCCUCAGGAGAAUUAGGCAGAUACAGUACAAGGAGUACCUCGACCAGCAAGCAAAGAAGAAACAAGAAGCUAAAGAAGAAGCGGAAAGAAAACAGAAGGAGAGAGAAGAGAGAGAGAGACUUAAAGAAGAGAAGGAGAGAGAGAGGGAUCAAGAGAGAAUAGACUUCAGAGAUAAUAGUCCAGUUAUAAGGAGACGUAGUGUGAGCGUUGUGACGAACGAACAUUAUGUUAAGAAGGUUGAUACAGGAGUACAAGUUGAUAAAGCGAGUAGCCCGCUGUCUGUGGCUGUACAGACAGACGAACGGGAUACUUUUCUAGGAACAUUAACACAAGCUGAGAGGGAGUUGUCUCCAAGAUGUGUGGACCGAUAUGACAGAAGAAGAAGCUAUGGAGACUGUGAUGAUCGCGCUCGUGUGACUUCCGUGUUUGAUGAAGAUAUGGUCAGAAUGAGAAAUAUGCGAGCAGAGCAGGAAGCAUUAGAGCGACGUCGUUAUUAUCAAAAGGAAUUACAAAACCAAAUAAUUGAACAACAGAGAUUGAGAGACGAAAGAAAAAAUAGGGAGAAAAUGUUAGAAAUGGCUGAGAUGCGUCGUCUUGAAGAACAGUUGAGGUCUUUAAAGAUGGCUCAAGAUAGAGACAAACGGACACACAGAGAGAGACAUGCCGCUAUGCUUGACCACGCUUUGGAAUACGAAAAGAAGAGAUCGGAUCUUCAAAAGGAUAUUGAUUAUCAAAAUAAUAUGUUGAAAAUACACACAGAACAUAAACGACAAGAAUCACCUAAAAUGACAUAUUACAAAGAAGAUAAACCAUACUCAACAAAUAUACCCGAUAGUUCAAUAUUCUCAGAAAAUUACGACGUCGAGAAUUACUUGAGAAGAAACUUAAAUCCUUACAAAGAUAUUAAAAAAGAUAAAAACAUAGAAAGCCGUAUUAAAGAUAGGAACGUAGUGAUGGAAAAAUCGGUAGAAACCAAAGAUAAAACCGAUAAAUUCGACAGCCUUAUACCGGUUUUGAGACAUUCACCGAAAAUUACAAAUGAUACGGAAAGGGAUUUAAAUAUCAGUGAGAAAAUGAAAAUAGUUGACGAUAAAUGGCAAGUACCGGUUGUACAGAAAAAUAUAUUGAAAUCUGUAAACGAUAAAGGAAAAAACAUUAGCAUAUUGACACAACUUGGGUCUAUAAGAAAACAGUUACAGUUAGAACAAAUGAGACUCGAUAAAUUAACAAAGGAAUAA